AUGGCAACUAACGAAAAUAACCAACCAAUCCCUCCCGAGGAAGAGAAGGAAAUAUCUUCUCUAUUAGAAAGCAUAAAAAUAGAUGAUGAAAAAAUGAGCGAUUUGACAGAAGAACAAAAAGAAACGUUGAAAAAGUUGAAGCUAUACCAAAAGGAAUAUUAUGAUUAUGAGUCGAAAUUCGAAUAUGAACUAUUUUUGUUAAGACAGAAAUAUCAUGACUUAUAUGGACCAAUUUAUGAUAAAAGAAGGGAAGCAUUAGUAGGAAGUGGAGAAGCAAAAAUCGGAACCCCAAAUUUACCUGAGUUCUGGUUGCGAGCAUUACGAAAUAACAAUACAGUUAGUCAUGUUAUUGAAGAUCAUGAUGAAGAAAUUUUAGUUUAUUUAAAUGAUAUAAGAUGUGAUUAUAUAAAAAAGAAUAAAGAAAAGAAAGAAGGAUUUAUAUUAUCAUUUCAUUUUGUUAAAAAUCCAUUUUUUUCUAAUUCUGUAUUAACAAAAACAUAUCAUAUGAAAUGUGUAGAUUGUGAUAACGAGCCUGUUUUGUUACAUACAGAAGCAACAGUAAUUGAUUGGUAUGAAAACAAAAAUAUAUUAAAAAAAAAUGUUGUAAAAAAACAGCAUAAUAAAAAUUCACGGGAAGUUAAGACAGUACAACAAACUGUUAACAGAGAUAGCUUUUUCCAUUUUUUUACAAGUCAUAAAGUUCCUAAUUCAAAUGUUAUAAAACAAUUAAGUAAACAUGAAGUAGCUCAACUCGAAAUGAUUAUCGAAGGAGAUUACGAAGUUGCAUUAACAAUUAAGGAAAGAAUUAUACCAUAUGCUGUAGAUUAUUAUUUAGGAAUUAUUAUAGAGAGUGAAAGCAACAGUAUAGUUAGUGAUGUUGAUAGUAGCUACACAAGUAGUGAAAAUAACAGUAAUUAUAAUAGUUAUGAAAGUAACAAUAGUGCAUAUAAUGAUGAAAAUAGUAAUGUUGAUACAAAUGAAUAUGAUGAUAAUGAUGAUGAAGGGGGAAAGAGUAAUGAAGAACCUCUUACCUCUUAA